AUAACUUUGAUUUGAUAGAGAACUCUGGGGAAACAGGUGCAAAAUGCUCACACUCAAACUGAUUGUUUUUGCUGGUUUGGUUUCCAUUGUUGCUGCAGGACGAUGGGCACAAAUCUGUGAUGGGAAUCCUUUCAACAGCAUAAGGGGCUGUGAUAAGUAUGGCUGUGGAUAUUAUGGAGCUCCAAGAAAUGGAGGAAAGCACCUAGCAGUGGAUGUUAAAUGCCAGGACGGAUCAGGAGUGUAUGCUCCUUUUAGUGGCCUGAUUGUGAGACGCAUUAAACCCUUUGGAAAUAAUAAUGCCAUUGAUGAUGGAAUCUUACUCCGUGAAGUAAAAUCAGGUUCUUGCAUAAAACUGGCCUUUAUCGGGCCUUUGAGAAACAGAGGCUGGAUCAGGAAGGGAUCUAAAAUUGGAGUAAUGCUGCCAAUGCAGAGCGUGUAUCCUGAUAUAAUAUCUCAUGUUCGCAUCCAGAACUGUGACUACUCAAAUCCUACUAGCAACUUAUGAAUGGAAACUUACAUGAAAUGGAAGUGUACAAAACCCCAAAUAAAAUCUGAGCAACCAAAAGUGUUUUUUUUCCCCCCUACUCCCCAUAGAAAACCCACCUAAAAUUUAGUCCAUGGGAAGGAAAAAAGACAUUAGCGCACACAGCAGAGUAAAAGUGUACAUAGCAUGUGUAACACCUGCUGUAGUGACUCAAAGAAUGUACCAUCCUCAGGGCAGACUUAAAAAACAGGGCACUUAACCCAAAUUGAUUGUGAGUUCUAUACUUAGGCUACGUCUACACUUCUGCUAGAUCAGUGCUCUGACAAUUGAUGCACUGGGGGUUUAUUUAGAAGGUCUAGUGAAGACCCGCUAAAUCAACAGCAGAGCACUCUCUGGUUGACCCCGAUACUCCACCCAGAAUGAGAAGAGUAAGGUAAGUCGAUGGGAAAGUGUCUCCUGUCAACCUACUGAGGGGAGACACCGCAGUAAGUCGACCUAAGCUACGUGGACUCCAGCUACGUUAUUCACGUAGCUGGAGCUGCGUAACUUAGGUCAACUUAGUGUAGACAUCAACAGUAGUGUAGACAUCGCCUUAGAUUUCACCAAUCAAUUAUCAAGUGGAAACACUUCAGGCACUGUUACAGCCUAACCAUGGAGUCACAGACAGUCCACGUGUGUAUGCCAAUCUAUCUCACUACCCAGGAGAGCAUAUUUUUGUGAUACAUGGCCACUAAGAAUCACAGCAAUAUUCAGGUUACUCCUAGCUCCAGAGGACCAGUCACUUAUUCCAGGUCAAUUGCACCUUAAAUCUCACAUCAAAGACAAUGAAUAUAAAGAUUCAUUAACUAGGAAAAGGAAAUUAGAUUGUUAUUUACAGGGUUAAAGCAGGUAAACAUAUGUACACAAAUGAGUUACAAUUUAAGUUUCAAAAGGCAAUAGAAGCCUCUAUAUUCAGCAAGCGCUGUAUGUCCUUUAGGGCUAACUAGGCUAAGCAACUGGGGAUCUCUUGCUUAUGCCUCAAAAAUCCCCAUCCCCCCCUUCCUCCGAGUCCAAGCAUAGAGAUUAAUCAGUUCCUUCAUGUUAGAGUUUUUUCUCUCUCCUUCCACAUGCUCUGAGCUGCAAACUCCCGAAAGAAGGAAUCCACUCAUGUGACUCGUCUUCAUGGGGGAGGGUAGAACACACAUAGUUUGUCCUCUUUAAUGCCCCACAAUAUCUACAUCUGGUGUCAAUGGACCUUUCCUGUUCGGCAGGACAUAACACGUUCUGUUGCAGAUCAGUACUUCACUUUAAUUAAUGUCCCGCUCUUGCCUGGUGAUUUACAUACUCUCAGAGGCUCACAAUAUAGCCUCUCAAAUAAAUAUAGGUGUGAUGUUCUGUACCUCGUAGGAACACCCUACACCCCCAUGUUCAUCUUUAUAAAAUGAUUAUGUGGUAUCUAAUGCAAAGUUUGUCAUGUC